AUGAGGCUUUUCAACACCAGGCUGCGCUGGCUUGGUGUGCUGGCUUUGUUUGUCGACGCAAACGCGAGCCAGCAUGCAUUGCGACAUUUACGACAUCGCGCUAGCAUUGCUGUGCCAGAGCUGCAGAAAGGCAGGCACGUUGUUGUGAACGGGCUCGUCCACUCGGUAGAGCUCAACGGCCAAGAGGCUGUUGUGGAGGGCUACGAUGCGGCCUCUGCCAGGUACGUGCUCCGCUUGGCGUCAGGUGCGUACCGCAAGGUCAAGCAAGAACAUGUCACUGCCUCUUCGUACUCGAACUCGGGCCAGAAGGGGUCACCUUGUACUAUGGAAGCUGGCGCCGGUUUUGCUGCGGGUUCCCAGGUGCGAUUGCACGACCUCCAUUCGCCCGGAGCGGCGGAGCUCAACAGCGAACUGGGUUUGGUGCGCUGCUUCAGCGCGGCCACCGGGCGCUACACUGUGGAGCUCUCCGAUGGUGCCUCCGGGAGGCGAGGGAGGCCCGAGGAGGAAAGAGAUGUGUCCGUGUGUUUGUCUUUCCUGGAGUCCUGGAGCCGGAGAGGCGCUGAUGGAAAGGGGCCUUCGUCUGUUCGGAGCUUAAGCUUCAGGCGCUUGGGGGACCCUUGCAUGGACCUGGCUCUCUAA